GGCAAGGUUAUUGAAGGAAGGUGAGACGGCACACGGACAUCCAUUCAUCCACAUGCAUGGUUAAAAGCACAGGUAGGUAUAGCAAAUCACGCGAGGAAGGUCCGCAUCCGCAUCACGUACCUGCAGCAUUCACGUGGUCCGGUCCGUAGGUGCACAUGACAGCGUCAGUCAUUGUGGGAAAGUCAAUCAGUACUAGUGCGUCAGUCAAUCACAUCCUGCUGGCAGGGCAGGCCAUCCACCCACCCACCACCCACUCACACAUCAACACAACACAGCCUCCACGGCACCGCACUCUACUGCCGUCUGUCUUUGCCUCGGAUGAGCCGGGUCGGGUGAUCCAUCCAUCCAUCCAUCGGUCGGUGGAUUACUUUGGGUUUCUGAGUACGAUGAUGACGCUGUCGCCUCGUAGGAAGAGCCUGGAGAUGUAUCUCUCCUUAUUGACCGCCUUGGCCUUCUUCUUCCCAGACCCCUUCGGGUACUCCGUCCACAUCUCCCGAACCUGACACGACACACACCACAUACACACGACAGACACGCCACGCAAUGCCAUGCCAGGCGAUGAGCCACCCGCAGCAAAGCAUUGCCAUGUUGUCAUGUUCAGACACACCUGCUCCAAGACCAUGUUGCAGUGUCUGUCAAACGCCUUCACCUGAACACACAUCGAAUCCAGCCACAGAGCGGUCACGGUUCGUGUUGUCUUGUGUGUUCUCGCUCACCCGUGCGAUGAUCUUGCGGUUGUUUCUGCAGUUGAUGAGCACCUGCGCAUUGUCCUUGACCGACUGAACAGACAGACGUGACACACACGCACGGCCACGGUGAGCGACGUUGCUGGCGCCUGUUCAGCGUGUGCGUCAGUCACACUGGCGUGUGCUCACUUGAAAGAGGACGCUCAAGGGACCCUCCUCAGGCGCAUCUCUGUUCGCCGUGUCCGUCUUGUCUGAAGCACGACACACAAACCACACCAACAAACAUUCAGGUUGCCAUGUCUGAUACUUUUUGCGCGUCGUCAGCUUACCUUUGUCUGUCAUCGCCAUCCUGUCAGCUUUCAGGAGAACUUGGGAGAUCUGGGUUUAGGGUCCUCC